CGAGAUACUCAUCUUAUUUUGUUUCUGGACCUGUACCUUACCUUAAUUGUCUCCGAACCUUACCGGCUCCCUCCAUUUACGGAAAAUCUUAAUUGUGCCGGAAAUUAGAUGAAGACGACCGACGUGACGAACAAGGCCGAUAAUCACGCACUGGAAGCAUUUCUAGCAAGACCGGAUCCAUUUAGUGGACAACCCGAGGAAAACCCAUGGUCCUGGCUACAUGCCAUCGAACGCAUUAGAAGGGGCUUGAAUACUCCCGAUCAUCAGAUUUUGCUGGUCGCAGGGUCGUUGUUGAGAGGACCUGCUGGCUCUUGGUGGGACGCGAACGAAGAUUUUACCACUACAUGGGACGAAUUCAAGGAUAAAUUUCGCCGGCAAUUUGCAAGCCAAGAUCUACAUGCCGAAUGGUGGCGGCAACUUCGUGAGAAGAAACAAACGGGAAUCAGCAUUUCUGAGCUGGCUACUUUUCAGCAAGAGCUAUUCCAAAGGUUAGAUUUACGUGAUGAACAUAGAAAGGUGGAGAUUUUUUGCGCUGCCUUGGAUACGGAAUUGGGCCUCCUGGUGGAUCGCGCCUCACCCAAUACCUAUCAAGCAGCGGUCACCUUGGCAAGAAGAGAGGAAGGCCUUCACAUUAAAUAUGGUAGGCAAGCGAUGCCCAAGAAUCUGGAGGUUAACCUUUCGAAACCAAGAAGAAGUGCUUAUGCCGAACCAAAUUUCACCGACACCAUGGAUGCUUUAACUAACGAGUUCAAGGCCUUGCGAGUUCACAUGAUUGAACAGAGUCGACAAGUGGCGGAGCGUCUUGCGUUGGAUAAAGAAGCCGUCAAGCAAUUACAAGAAGGUUUACGAUUCCUUCAUGGAAGGAAGCCCCGCAAUGCUCGAGACAAGGGGAAGGCGAAGCACGACCCCAUGGUGGUCAAUUUGGCGCGACCUGCAAGCGAAUCCGACGAAUCAGGUUAUUCGGAUGGCUCUGAAGAUACCGAAAGUGAAAGUGAAACCGAAACCGAGAGUAAAAGUGAAGAAUCCGAUAUUGGUUACCCCUACGACUACAAACGAAUGGACAAGAGCACGCCACUGAUGGUGGAUGUGAUGGUGAAGGGUCACCGCGUGCAAGCUGUUGUGGACACUGGCGCUAGUGUAUCAGUGAUCUCGAAACCAUUGGCGAAACGACUAGGGUUACCUUUCAACCAUGAUAGGAUGGCUAUCCAGAUGUUAGACGAAACGAGUUCGGGUGCCACGCGAAUGUGUCCAAACGUACCUGUAGUUAUCCAAGGAAAGCGACGUCCAGAGCAUUGCACAGUUCAGGAUCGACCCUCCGAUCUACUCAUCUUGGGUAUGCCCUGGCUGGAAGUAUACGGCGUGAAGGUGGACCCUGGGGAAAGCAAGAUCUGGUUGCCAACCAAGAAGGGCUCACAAACGGUCACAACCAUUCAAUAG